GGAGCACGUGCUUGUCGGUUUCUAUUUGAAGCGCUCUCUCUCUCUGUGACUGUGAAGUUCGUCGUCUUGUUGGUGUGGUGAAAGUGUUAGUUCAAGUCGAUUCUUGCUAAGGCCUCGAGUACAGGCGACCUACACUUCCCACCCACCCGAUUCCACAACACACUUGACGUUUUUCUCAACACGGUAUAUACACAACCUCAACAAUGUCUGACUCUGAGCUGGCGUGUGUAUACAGUGCCCUCAUCCUCCACGAUGCCGGAGUCCCCAUCUCCGCGGACAAGAUCAAGACUCUGGUGAAGGCAGCUGGCAUUGACGUGGAGCCGAUCUGGCCCAGCCUGUUCGCCAAGGCCCUCGAAGGUCAGAGUCUGCAUAUGAAUGUUUUUGAGCAUGUAUAUACCAAGGCCCUAGAAGGUCAGAGUCUGCAUAUGAAUGUUUUUGAGCAUGUAUAUACCAAGGCCCUAGAAGGUCAGAGUCUGCAUAUGAAUGUUUUUGAGCAUGUAUAUAUAUACCAAGGCCCUAGAAGGGAAGGACAUAGGCUCCCUGAUCUGCAAUGUUGGCAGUGGAGCUGCGGCGGCUGCUGCGGCACCAGCAGCAGGUGGUGGCGGUGGAGGGGGAGGGGGAGAGACUGCGACCAACGAGGAGAAGAAAGAGGAGAAGAAGGAGGAAGAGGAGGAAGAGUCCGAUGACGACAUGGGAUUCGGUCUUUUUGACUGAACACCCUGCAAGAUCUAGGCUGUCAUGGACUUAUACCCAUCUCAUAAUGUUCUGUGUACAUAUUUGACAUCUUGAAAAAUUUUAAAGUAAAAACUUCGAAGAACAUUGAAGGUUGCAUUUGCUCUCUAGAAGAACAAAAUAAUAAUAGACAAAAGAAGCAGAUCAAUUCAGACUUCUUCUUUCUAUAUACGAUCUUUUCUAUGAUCCUUUCAGCUUCCUUUCUAUCUGCUAAUCAUCUCCAACAACUUCCUGCCCGUAGUAAUUAAUAAUCUUUAGCCAGGGUCUUCCCCUCUUCAGCUGGAGGAGUUUGGCGUCGUCGACCAGGUCAGUCUGGGACAGAUCGAGACUAACCAGUUUAACCAACGGAGCCCCAAACAGGGGUUCGCAGUGGGCGUACUUUAACCCUAUUAGUUUCAGAGACGACAGAUGUUGGCAUCUCUUUGUCAGGGAGUCCAGUCCGGUGUCGGUGAUCUUGUAACACCACGCAAUCCCCAGUCGCCUAAGGUUUGGCAGUUUCCCGGCAAU